UCCGCUCCUCCCAGAAGGCGGUGCUACCUGCCGGGGCAAACCACGCGGAGGGUUGUGGGGCGGACAGCUCCCCUCCGGGUGGAGACUCAUGGAGUCGGGUGGGCGGGGGACUCCAUGUCCCGGCAUGCCCCGCGCCGGGCCCGACCGGCCGCGACUCGGGGCUUGGCCCCGGCCCUAGCUCGUCGGCGGUGUAUUGGGGUACAUUGAGGCUGCAGUCGCGGUGGCGCCCGCGGGGACGGAGGUGGGAAUGAGUGAAGAGGAACAGGGCUCCGGCACUACCACGGGCUGCGGGCUGCCCAGAGCAAAUGCUGGCAGCCAACCCGGGCAAGACCCCAAUCAGCCUUCUGCAGGAGUAUGGGACCAGAAUAGGGAAGACGCCCGUGUACGACCUCCUCAAAGCCGAGGGCCAAGCCCACCAGCCUAAUUUCACCUUCCGGGUCACCGUUGGCGACACCAGCUGCACUGGUCAGGGCCCCAGCAAGAAGGCAGCCAAGCACAAGGCAGCUGAGGUGGCCCUCAAACACCUCAAAGGGGGGAGCAUGCUGGAGCCGGCCCUGGAGGACAGCAGUUCUUUUUCUCCCCUAGACUCUUCACUGCCUGAGGACAUUCCAGUUAUUCCUGCUGCAGCUGCUACUCCUGUUCCAUCUGCUGUUCCAACCAGGAACCCCCCCAUGGAGGUGCAGCCCCCCGUGUCCCCUCAGCAGUCUGAGUGCAAUCCUGUUGGCGCUCUGCAGGAGCUGGUGGUGCAGAAAGGCUGGCGGUUGCCCGAGUACACGGUGACCCAGGAGUCUGGGCCAGCCCACCGCAAAGAGUUUACCAUGACCUGCCGAGUGGAACGUUUCAUUGAGAUUGGCAGUGGCACCUCCAAAAAGCUGGCAAAGCGUAAUGCGGCAGCCAAAAUGCUGCUUCGAGUGCACACGGUGCCUCUGGAUGCCCGGGAUGGGAAUGAGGCAGAGCCCGAUGACGAUCACUUCUCCAUUGGUGUGGGCUCCCGCCUGGAUGGACUUCGGAACCGGGGUCCAGGCUGCACUUGGGAUUCUUUGCGGAACUCAGUGGGAGAGAAGAUCCUGUCCCUCCGCAGCUGUUCCUUGGGCGCUUUAGGUGCUCUGGGCCCUGCCUGCUGCAGUGUCCUUAGUGAGCUGUCUGAGGAGCAGGCCUUCCAUGUCAGCUACCUGGAUAUUGAGGAACUGAGCCUGAGCGGGCUCUGCCAGUGCCUGGUGGAGCUGUCCACGCAGCCAGCGACUGUGUGUCACGGCUCCGCGACCACCAGAGAGGCAGCUCGUGGGGAGGCUGCUCGCCGGGCUCUGCAGUACCUCAAGAUCAUGGCAGGUAGCAAGUAAAGCCCCAGCCGGACUCGGACACGCCUCCUGGCUCCCUGCUCUUCUUCCCCCAGCCCACGCAUCUGUUCAGCUCUGGUGCCCCCCUACCCUGGAGGUGCCGUCUCUACCUCUGACACAGACUGCCUGCCUGCAGGCUGAGGAGGACACCGGGCCAGCAGCCAGGGACCACGGGGCCUUGGCUGGCCCAAGAUCUGUCCUCAUGGCACUGAUGAUGAUGAGUGGGAAUGAAAUCUGGGGGCUCUCCCUGAGAGCCUGGAAUAAAUGUGCUUCCUCUUGGAUUCUUAAA